AUGCACCUAGCCGCUUAUCUAUUCCAAGCACUUGGUCUCCUCUCCGGAUAUUUCCAAAAUUGGUUGCUAUCACCCAAGUACGCCCUAAACUCGGAUCUCAGGUCGAACUGUUCUGAUGCACGCGCUCAUUACCGCGAUCGGCCCCUCUUUAGUGGCACCCUUUCCACUACGACCGAGAAGCUAGUGGCCCCUAGAUUUCCUUAUGGAAGCAAAAAAGUGCGUGGUGUGAACAUCGGCGGAUGGCUUGUCCUAGAGCCGUGGAUAACUCCAUCACUUUUUGAUAAUACGGGUAACAAUAAUAUCGUGGACGAGUGGACGUUCUGUUCUUUGCAGGACAGACCUGCUGCGGCCACCACUUUGCUAAAUCACUGGAACACUUUUUACACAGAGUCCGACUUUGCUGCUAUCGCUGCAGCAGGCUUGAAUCAUGUUAGGGUCCCUAUCGGGUAUUGGGCAUUUGACACGUCGGGAGGGGAACCAUUCAUCAAUGGGCAGUAUCCAUAUCUUCUUAGAGCUGUUGGCUGGGCCAGAAAUCAUGGUCUAUUUGUGAUCAUCGACCUGCAUGGCGUUCCUGGAUCCCAGCAGAAUGGCUUUGACAACUCUGGCCGUAGGGGUCUUGUUAACUGGCCGAAUCAACAAUCUAACAUUGAUCGCACCAAUGCCAUGAUCAAAGCCCUUGCAGCGGAGUUUUCUCAGGCUUCAUACGCCAAUGUCGUCAGUGCUAUUCAGCCAAUCAAUGAACCGGCGGGGUUCGUGGGUGGUAACAUUCUUCCUGUAACUCGUCAAUACUAUUAUGACUCCUACGGCAACAUUCGAGUAAACGGGGCUGACGUAGUUGAGGUCCUCCAUGAUGCUUUCCAGGAUCUCUCUUUUUGGAAUGGUGUCAUGCCAUAUCCAACGUUCAACAACGUCUUGAUGGACACGCACCAUUAUCAAAUUUUCAGCACUGCCGAUCUUGCAAAGACUUGGCCACAGCACAUUAUCACGGCUUGUCAGCGCGGCAAUGCCAUUGCCUCGUGGGCGCAAGCAACCGGAAACCUAUGGACGAUCGUUGGAGAAUGGACAACGACUCCUUACGAUUGCGCCAAGUACCUCAAUGGUCGAGGUCUUGGAUCUCGUUACGAUGGGACGUAUUCUGGUUCCUCACCGCUUGGGGUUUGCUGGCCAUUCACUGGAUCAUCGAGCAUAUUCAAUAGUGGUUACAAGGUAUUCAUGCGCCAAUUUUUCGAAGCCCAGACGAGCUCUUUCGAGAAGGCAGCCGGAUGGAUCUACUGGGCAUGGAAGACCGAAGCCACAGAUGAAUGGAGCUACCAACAGGGUCUUGCAGGAGGCUGGAUCCCCUACGACCCUACACAACGCCUGUACCCAAAUAUCUGCCCCUGA